AUGCCCGAUGCGAGCUCAGCAAGGGCAACCCCGACAGACGAUAUCGGCGUUCUUCCAACACCAGUCACUCAAAGCCGGAAAUCUAUUGGCAGUCGCUCGAGUGUCACUGGUAGAUUCAACCGACAGCAGCAUUCGCAAUCGAAGGGAGAUGAACUCGAACGUCGCCUCCGAUCCGAGGCUGCGAAGGAUCCGUGGAUCAGAGAUUUCCUUAUUGAUUAUCAUCAGUUCAAAAAUCAGACAUGUUCGGAGCUCUUUCCGCGUUUAUUCAAAUGCUAUAAUAUCCAGUCUCCAUCGCAGCUUGCAUUAGCCUUUCAUGUGUCACCUCCGGACAAAUCAUCAGAUUCAAUAGAGACAUUUUCAGAGAGCCUGGAAAGGUUGAGAUUGGUCCUCAAUGCGGAAGGAUCGGAGGCUGUACGUUUGUGCGUCCUGACAUGGGACGGCUCAAAUGCUCUCCAAUCUCAAAUGUACUCUUUGGCACAGAAGCUGUUUGCGACUGCCGAUGGCUUGCAACGACGAUAUGAUGCCCCAAGGCUCGCCCUCAUACACGUCAUUAAUCAGGAAUGGAAGCUUUCGAAGGCAGCAUUGAAAGCCUGUACAUCUGCAAUGACCCUGCGGGACUUGCCCUCUAGUAUAGGUCCACCAGACUCCCCUCCCGAAUCACUUUUCGCUCAAGUCUUUAUCAAUAACGAUGGCGAUGUCGGCCGAAAGGUUCUCUUGCUCUAUCGUUCAAUGGAAAGUUCCGACGGUCCACUGUCCGACUAUGCCGCGACUCACCAACGUCUUCAACCACCAGAUGCCGCCAAGCUUGAGAACAUGAUGACCUCCGAGAUUCUGACCUUAAUACAUACAAUCUAUCUUCAACUAAUAGAAGACACAUCAUCUUUCAUAGAGAGUGCAUACGACCAAAUAGACGAACUUAGGUACACAGGAAGAAGCAAGCCUGAGGAUGGCAAACUUCAUUAUCUCUUACACUUCAGAGACUGCUGUCAUUUGUCAGCAAUGGGGCUUCAGCAUGCGACUUCACUUCUCAGAGAAAUUACCUCCCCCGAGGUCUUCAAUAUUUCUGAAGAGGACCAAAAUUUUCUGUCGUGGCCUGAGAGAGUCCAAGAAGAUCUAAUCAAAUUGCAAAAGAAAAUCACAUCGAUAGAAGCAGAAUCAGAGACGUUGCGGGAAAUGAUUGAACGACAGCUUCAGAUACGUAUGGGGCAGCGGACGACGCUGUUGACCGUAUUAGCUGCGAUCUACAUUCCGUUGUCCUUCAUGUCGUCUCUUUUUGGCAUGAACUUGAAACCGAACCCAUUCUGGCCAUCGAAACCACAUAACAGCUCACAACCCGACUCUCUACCCACCAACGGCAACAUCGCAGACCCAGGGCAAAACCAGACUAGAGCGAUCGUCUCCGCCAUCGACAACUCAGGGCCCUAUCUAUUUCGCUUCAGUCUCUACUGGUCAAUCGCAGUCCCAGUGACAAUCGCGACAAUCAUAGUUCCACUUGUUGCAGGCUCGGUUUUCCGUUCAGCUCUAAAAGCUUUCUACCGCAACAGGACCUACGUCCGCUUCUUCGUCUUAUUGAUGGCAUUAGGAGCAGUCGUUGCACUAGACGUGUUGACCCCACGGCUAGUAUAUCUCGUCGUCUUCGGCGUCGUACUCGGCAGUGUGGCACUCGUGACGAUCUUUAGGGCGUCGAAAAGCGGGAAGAACCAACUUACCUGGUGCGGCUACUCCAUUGCCUUUGCAGCUGGCGAGACCAUGGAUCUCAAUUUCGGCUACCGCUGGAUUGGUGUCACAGGCUAUAUUUGCCUGGGCUACCUCAUCCUGGUCUGGCUCGGUCCUCACGUAUUCCUGAUAAUGUUCCCCACUCGUCGACGGAGCGAUAAUCCACGCCGCAUUCUUGACGCCCUUAAGGCCUUCGGUCCCAAGAAACACAAAAAGAUCUUUCAGCACGUCCUCUCCAUUGUCGUGUAUUUCGCAUUCGCCGCUUUCUGUAUCUAUUUCUUGCCCUUCGACAUCUACAUCUCAUUCUUCGCUAAUCCUUUCGGCAUACUGGCUGUCAACCGCUUAAUUCGAAGUUUCUUUUUACGACAUCACCUCGCUCUAUGGAUAGCAUACACUGUCAUUUUUCUAAUAUCGUUCAGCGCAGACAUGGCGUUUGUUCGCAGCGACGGACACGGUCCGGGAUUGGUGGGCUUUUUACCCAUGGCCUUCCUUUUCGGCUCUUGGAUCUAUCUAGACCAUAAGACCUACUUCGACACCAGACUACGCCGAACAAACACUUGA